UCAGCAUAAAACCCUCAUUCUAUCGAAGGCAUUUCUCAGACUCCUAUUGUUUCUUUUUCGAUUAGAAAUUUGUUUGGGCGUUGAGAAGUUUGAUCCAGGAAUGACAGGACAGCUGUUACUUCACCUGCUUUUGAAAGGUGUUCUACUGUAUGAGACUUUGGCAUGGGAAGUGAAAUUGCCAAAGGAAAUCAAUGGUCUCAAAGGUUCCUGUCUGGUUAUACCAUGUUCUUUCUCCUACACAUCGUAUCCACCCACUAACCCCAACAGAGUUGUGUGGUAUCAGUGGGUCUCUAAAGGCUACCCUUUAGUUUAUGAUCCCAAGAAUCCUUCUAAUGUAAUUGACAAGUUCAAAGGAAAAACUGAUUUAUAUGGCAACACUUGCAGUCUUCUCAUUACAAACCUGGCUCAGUCCCACCAUGGAGAGAAAUUAUAUGCAUGGAUUGACCCAGAAAGUGUUGGAUGGCGCACAUACAAGUUUUAUGAUGUCACAUCCACGAUUUUUGUGGACGAAAGCCCACAGGAGCCCACCAUCAAAGUUUAUGGAGGCGCAAGGACCGGUGAAACCAUUACAGUGACAUGUGAAACCUACCACACCUGUCCGUACAGCAAACCAAACAUCGCUAUGAGUGGUAUAGAAGGAUCUGAUCAAAUACAUGACAUUUUUGGAAAUGGUCUUUGGAAAAUCAUGCUGACACGCACGGGUGUUGUGAAAGCUGAGCACUCGAAUAUCGAGUGUACCGUGACACAUUAUGGAGGCAUAACAGCAAGAGCUACAAAAUCACAAAGUGCAAAAUGUGUCAGUUAUAAUAUAACCAUUGAACCUGAACUGGCAGACGUCAUAGAGGGGGUUGCAAAGAACUUCACUUGCACCGUCUACUAUUCCUGCCAGAAAGAGAAUCCAAACAUCUCAUGGAACUAUAAGGACAUGCAGGUCACAGGAAAGAAUGAAAGCCUAACAGAGUUCAAUUCGGCCAUUGUUUCUUCCACCGUAACCUUUGUGGGUGCUAAAGAGGAUCAUGGGAAGAAAUUGACAUGCACAGGAACAUUUUCUGAGGGAAGCAUCGCAACAUCUGUUGUUUUACAUGUCCAACUCUUUUCACAGUAUGAAGCUGAUGUGAUGACCUUUGACGUGAAGACAACUGGACUUUACAUUAUAGUCCCCUCAUCAUGUGUUGUGCUUCUCAUUUGCACUUUGGCUGGAGUCGUCAAAUGCAAAAAGAGUCACAGACCGUCACCUGAUAAGCAAGAGUCGCGACCUGAACAAAGGUCAAAAGAUGUGUGUUCAGUGUCAGAAAACAAGCCUUUCUCCAAACCUCGUAUGGCAUCACCAAACAGUCAGCGAAAAUCCCGCUCUGAUUAUGAAGAUUAUUACAGCAAUAUGGAAGAACUCAACAUGUAUGGAAACAUCUGAUGAAAACGUUCCACGUCGCCAUAAUGUGCCCUAGAAAAUCAAAUGAUGUCAUAUUAAAUAUUAGCAUGAAUAUUUUUUACACGUGCAUUUCAUACUAAACGCAUUAUGUUUACUGUAACUUUGUUAGAACAUCUGGAUGUGUCUUUGGCUUUUCAACUUCAGUGAGCAAGUUGAGCAAACAUUUGCAUACGUGUACCAAUUAUGUAUCAUUGUAAAUAAAAAAAUAUUCUAAUGCUGUUUUGCCUGACAUUUAAAAAUUAAUAAACCGUAGUUGAUUGUCACGGCUCGGGGUGAUCAUCUUCCUGGGGGUUUUGUUGUGUUGUCUAGCGUGUGGCACUGCUGAUUUCCACUCUGCACUCACACUCCUGCCGACACUCAUCUCAUUAAGACCGCUUGUUCUGGUAAUUGCCCCACACCUGUUCGCUAUUCUCGCCUCGUUUGAUCCCUUUAUCUCUCCCCUGUGUCUUUCGUCUUGUGUCUGACCUUUGCAUGUUUAGCCAGCUCAGACUGCCCCAGACGUAGCUGCUGCUCGUCUGUAGUUUACUGCUUUUCUGAUUUACCACAGUCCUAGUCUUAGUCACAGAUCUAGUCUUGCCUUGUUUUAUGCCUAGAAGUAUUACUCACCGCUUUCUUGUUACCUCGCAUCCCUUGGCCUCUUCUUGUCU